AGCUCUCCCCCUCUCUCCGUCUCUGUCUCUCUCUCUCUCCCGCGCCGUGGAGUGAAACCCUGUUUGGACUCUCGACUGUGCUGUGCAGCCGCGACGCCUGACGUCACCUCCAGUCGAGAAAAGCAGGAAUUCAAGAUUCGUUCGGCAAUGAGAGUAAACUCUGGGACAUGGACGUCAACUUACGCGCAGGGGCCUGCGUGACUGGAGACAUCAUACGCCAUAAUUAUCCCUGUUCUUGCCCUCCCGAGGCCCCUUUUAGUGCCGUCUCUCCCAAUCCUCUCUGUCGGCGCACAUAGUCCGAUACACCAACUUACACAAGCCCGAUCGAAUCAUUCGGACUGCGCAGACGACGACAACAAACGCGAUUCACUACAGCACAUCUUCCAAUACGAUAUACCAUUAGCAACAUCACAGCAUAGCGAAGAUAGAAAGGGAAGAACAGAAAGAAGCCAAAAUGCCUUCCGUUCUCGGUCUGACCACCGAUCCCUCCCCCCAUGGACCCGGAGCAGAUGAGCGCCAGAAGAAGAAGAAGAAGCCCCAGUUUCAGGGUGGUGGAGAAAAUGUCGACAACAAGCAGCUAGCCCGUCGCGAGAAACCCGAUGGCGAACGCAAAGCAUCAUCGUCGCAGUCUCCCCCGGCUCCCGAAGAGAAGAAGAAAAAGAAGAAAACGAAGGAGAAGAAGGAGAAGAAGGCUGGCAAGCAGAUGCGUCACUACUCGUCCGACGAGGAAGAGGAUUCAGAGGAGGAGGGCCCCCUCAACACCAUCAAGCUGCGCAACCACGCAAAGGCCAUUGAGAUGGAGACGCUGCUCUGGGGAGCCCUCUGCCACAAGCCCAAGAGUGCCCUGAAGUACAUAGGCAAGGGCGCCAUCAUGUGCAAUCCCAUCAUCUUUGGCGACAACGAGGUCUACUCGGAGCGCUCCGAGCCCACCCUCAAGGAGAUGCUCAAGGAGCACGCUGACCCGCCCCUGAGCUUCAAGAUGCACAAACCCCACGUCUGCGAGGUCGGCCUGAUGGCCAUGUCCAUCUGCUGUGACGUCACCUUCUUCCGCAUGGGCGAGGACAACACACUUGAGGCCGAGGAGUGUAGGAUUUCGUCCAGUUGGAGACAGUGCGCUAGCGGAGACUGGGAGAUGGGCAGUUGCAUGGCUGGAUGGCAGGAUUAGAGCGCGCACCGAUUUGGUAUUGCAAGGCUGCUUGGCUAUGGGUUCCGUUACGUAUGUAUGGCGUUGAUUAGCAGUUUCGUGCAGGGUUUCAUUUCCGAUUGUAAUUUACCACGGCCUAUAAUGACCCCUUCCGACUAUAAGCACAUAAACGGUGAAGUUUCCGAUAACACCCAAGCAUGUAAAAUGUUUAAUUGCCGUUGUUAAAACACCCAAGGUCUAAACGAGUUUUCUAAUCGAAUUUGCA